UACCCUCUCUUUCUCUUCAUAAAUACACCUCUUCACCUUCUUCAGUAAUCAUCAACUUCCAAUUCUCUCUCUCAUUUUCUCUCUCUCCCUCAAAACAUGGCCAUCAGAAAAUCAAACAAGACUUCUCAAACCACAGUCCUCAAGCAAAUCCUCAAAAGAUGUUCCAGCUUGGGAAAGAAGAACGACUACGACCAUGACGAUUAUGCCCUUCCUCUCGAUGUCCCCAAAGGCCACUUCGCUGUCUACGUCGGAGAAAACAGAAGUAGAUACAUUGUUCCCAUCUCCUUUUUGACUCAUCCUCAGUUUCAGUCUCUCCUUCGACAAGCUGAGGAAGAGUUUGGCUUCGAUCACGAUAUGGGACUCACUAUACCCUGCCAAGAAGUUGUUUUCCGCUCUCUAACAUCCACGCUACGAUGAUCCAUUGCUUCAUGAAGAAAGAUCGAAGGUGGUCGAGAAGAAGCUUCUCUUGCUUCUCUUUUUUAACACCCAUCCAUCUCUCUUCACCGUCUAUGCGUUGUGUUUCUCACCUUUUUGUCCCAUUCUUUUUUUCUUCUGCUUUUUAACAGCUAGCCCCAUUUGGGCUUUUAGAUGUUCAUCAUGAGACUCUAACUUUUGUCCCCAUGAAGAAUUUCUACGGGUGAAAAUUGUAUAAAGGGUUUGCUGUUCAUCAGAUUUUCCUCGCAGAGGUUCUAUACUGUAUGCCCUGUGAGAGAAUUUAGUUUUUUUCAAUGGAAUCUAGGAAGUUUGAUGUCA